GGGAGCGGUAAAAGCUGCACCGUGAGAGAUCUCCACGCAAAUACUCUUCCUUGCUCCUUGUUCCUUCUUCUUCUGUCUACUAUUACUUCUUUAGAUCUGCAAUUCAGCCAUAUUUCAAUUCUUGGCCAACAGAAGAAAAAAAAAAAAAAUGAAAAACCAUUUAUUCAAUUGAUCUUGCUAAAUUCAUUCGCAAUCAAUUGGGUUUUUCCCCCAUCCAUUUCUUGUCGAGAUUCAUACGACUAUACGUAAAUUAAUUACCCUUUUAUGUUUAAUAGAGGAAAUUAAAAGUGGGUUUUUGAUAAUAGUAUGUGAGCAGAAUGGGGUCGGGAAAAGGCGCGACUUCGUCUUCCCAGGAUAUGGAUAUGUCGAUCACAGAGCUACGUGAGAAGCAUCAGCAAGAACUGAAAAAUCUCACAUUGACAACACAACCCUACAAAACUUUAAAAUUUUUUGUUUUGGCCAUGAUUGAAUACUUUAAGCGAUCAAUAGUAUAUCUUUUGGUGAAAGGUGGCUGGCUUAUGCUUUUAAGUACUGCAUUUGUUGCUUUUGGAGUUCUACUUGUCACCAUUGAUGGCCCUCAUGAAAAGCAUAUCAAGGAACUAUCUGAGUAUGCCCGAUUUGGAUUGUGGUGGAUUGCACUUGGUGUUGCAUCUUCAAUCGGCCUUGGAUCUGGUCUACACACCUUUGUCCUUUAUUUGGGUCCUCAUAUUGCCCUGUUUACUAUAAAAGCAAUGCAAUGUGGCCGAGUUGAUCUGAAAAGUGCUCCAUAUGAUACAAUACAGUUGAAAAGAGGUCCUUCAUGGCUGGACAAAUCCUGUGAAGAAUUUGGGCCCCCAUUGUUUCAGUCAUCACAUGGGUUACAGGUUCCUCUUAGCAGCAUAUUGCCAAAGGUUCAAAUGGAGGCUAUCUUAUGGGGUGUUGGGACCACACUAGGGGAGCUUCCUCCAUAUUUUCUCUCAAGGGCAGCAAGUAUGUCAGGAAGCAAAGUGAAUUCCAUGGAAGAAUUGGAAGAUUCCUCAAGUGAGGAUAAUGGAUUCAUGGCUACACAUCUGAAACUGAUCAAAUGCUGGCUUUGGUCUCACAUCCAACAUUUGAACUUCUUCACAAUUUUAGUGCUAGCUUCGGUCCCAAAUCCCCUAUUUGACCUUGCUGGCAUCAUGUGCGGACAAUUUGGCAUUCCAUUCUGGAAGUUCUUUCUUGCAACAUUGCUGGGCAAGGCAAUUUUCAAAACUCACAUACAGACAGUUUUUAUCAUCUCUGUCUGCAACAAUCAACUUCUUGACUGGAUAGAGAAUGAAUUGAUCUGGGUCCUCAGCCUUGUACCCGGUUUUGAUACUUUCCUGCCUGAGCUCACGGCAAAACUCCAUGCAGUCAAAGAUAAGUACUUGGCAGCACCACAUCUAGUGCGGACUAAUGUCAAGGCUGGUACCUCUUUCUCCUUGAGUUCUAAAGACCAUGGUCUUUAGAAUCUCAGGCAAAAGCGCAAGGUUUUUAGAUGCUCUGUAGAUUUUUCCAGUUAAUAAAUCUUUCUUCUUGUUAAACUCUACAUGAAAUACUUGGCAGGUGAACAAGUGGGAUUUUUCAUUUGCUUCAAUGUGGAACACAUUUGUCUGGCUCAUGCUCAUGAACUUCUUUAUCAAGAUUGUGACAGCAACUGCACAAAGGUACCUGAAAAAGCAACAGGAGAAGCAAAUGGAUGAAUUGAGGAAAGAAUCAUCAGUUUCAACAAAUUCUCAUUAGGAGGUAGACCAUGUGUCUUGUUGUACAGGCUACAUUGCAUCCGAACUCUCUUCUAUUUUUUCUUUUUCUUCUUUUUUUUUUUUCUCUCCCUUGUAACUAGUAGUGAUAGUAAAAGCUAUAGUGAGGCUGUUUUACGAGUGAAAAUUGAAGCUAUCCCAUAAAACUCUUCUGCAUUGCUAGAUACCCUGGUUAGAAGCUUGUACAGGAAAAGAAUGGAGUAUAGAAGUUGCAGGUUUACAACAUCCUAUGUAAUGUUGGGGAAAAACAUUAUUAGGAUGGGGUUUUGCUCAUUGUUAAGUACUGUUUAACAUUGGGAAAUUGAAACCUUACUGUUAUUCUUUGGCAAUGCAAGACGUCUACCUCCACAUUUUAACU